AUGGUGCGUCAGCUGCACGACGGCAUGAUGGCGCGAGUCUCGGACAACGGAGCUGUCUCAGAGGCAUUCGCAGUGACCAACGGAGUGAAGCAGGGAUGCGUGCUGGCACCAACCCUCUUCAGUCUUAUGUUCUCUGCCAUGCUGAUGGACGCCUACCGCGACGAACGCCCCGGGAUCCGCAUCGCCUACAGGACGGACGGUCACCUCCUGAAUCAACGGCGGAUGCACUUCCAAUCGCGCGUAUCCACAGCCACCGUUCACGAACUCCUCUUCUCCGACGACUGA